AUGAGGGGGCUCCUAUAUUCGCUGCUGCCCCUGUUGCUGCUCCUUCUCCAGCCUUGGGAAACCCAACUGCAGUUCGCAGGUCCCAGGUGCAGUACUGGGCCCCUGGAUUUGGUGUUCGUGAUUGACAGCUCGCGCAGCGUGCGCCCCUUCGAGUUCGAGACUAUGCGGCAGUUCCUGGUAGGCCUUCUCCGCAGCUUGGACGUGGGGCCUAACGCCACUCGCGUCGGCGUGAUCCAGUAUUCGAGUCAAGUGCAGAGCGUCUUCCCGCUCCGAGCCUUCUCGCGCCGCGAGGAUAUGGAGCGCGCCAUCCGCGCUCUAGUGCCGCUGGCGCAGGGCACCAUGACCGGGCUGGCGAUCCAGUACGCCAUGAAUGUGGCCUUCAGCGUGGCCGAGGGCGCGCGCCCGCCGGAGGCGCGCGUGCCUCGCGUGGCCGUCAUCGUGACCGACGGGCGGCCCCAGGAUCGCGUGGCAGAGGUGGCCGCUCAGGCGCGCGCCCGCGGCAUCGAGAUCUACGCCGUGGGGGUGCAGCGCGCCGACGUGGGCUCCCUGCGCGCCAUGGCGUCCCCCCCGCUGAACGAGCACGUCUUCCUCGUCGAGUCCUUCGACCUUAUCCAGGAGUUCGGCCGGCAGUUCCAGGGCCGGCUGUGUCGAAAGGACCUGUGUGCUCAGGGGGGACACGGCUGCCAGCACCAAUGUGUCAGCGCCCCGGGCACCUUCCACUGUGCCUGCAACCCUGGCUACCAGCUAGCAGCAGAUAACAAGAGCUGUGUGGCCCUUGACCUCUGCACCAAAAGGGACCAUAGCUGUGGGCAUCACUGCGUCAGCAUCCCUGGCUCCUAUUUCUGUCGGUGCCGAGCUGGCUUUGUACUCCAGCAGGACCAGAGGAGCUGCAGGGCCAUUGACCACUGCAGCUUUGGGAACCACAGCUGCCAGCAUGACUGUGUUAGCACUUUUGGUGGGCCACAGUGCCGCUGCAGAGAGGGCUAUGACUUGCUGGCUGAUGGGAGGAGCUGUCAGGCCCAGGAUCUUUGCAAUGGCGUGGACCAUGGAUGUGAGUUCCAGUGUGUGAGUGAGGGCUUCUCCUACCGCUGCAUGUGUCCUGAGGGGCGGCAGCUCCAGGCAGAUGGCAAGAGCUGCAGCCGGUGCCGGGAAGGCCACGUGGACCUGGUUCUGCUCGUUGAUGGCUCCAAGAGCGUGCGCCCGCAGAACUUCGAGCUGGUUAAACGCUUCGUGAACCAGAUCGUGGACUUCCUGGACGUGUCCCCCGAGGGCACGCGCGUGGGGCUAGUGCAGUUCUCCAGCCGCGUGCGCACCGAGUUCCCGCUGGGCCGCUACGGCACGGCGGCCGAGGUGAAGCAGGCGGUCCUGGCCGUGGAGUACAUGGAGCGCGGCACCAUGACCGGGCUGGCCCUGCGCCAUAUGGUGGAGCACAGCUUCUCCGAGGCGCAGGGCGCGCGGCCCCGGGCGCUCAACGUGCCCCGCGUGGGCUUGGUCUUCACCGACGGCCGCUCCCAGGAUAACAUCUCCGUGUGGGCGGCGCGCGCCAAGGAGGAAGGCAUCGUCAUGUACGCCGUGGGCGUGGGCAAGGCGGUGGAGGAAGAACUGCGAGAGAUCGCCUCGGAGCCAGCCGAGCUGCACGUGUCCUACUCCCCGGACUUCAGCACCAUGACGCACCUGCUGGAGAACCUCAAAGGCAGCAUCUGCCCGGAGGAGGGCAUCGGCGCGGGGACAGAGCUUCGGAGCCCCUGCGAAUGCGAAAGCCUCGUGGAGUUCCAGGGCCGCACGCUGGGGGCGCUCGAGAGUCUGUCGCAGAAGCAUAUCCUUUGGCUGACCGCACGCCUGGAGGAUCUGGAGAACCAGCUGGCUACCCAGAAGUGA